AUGGCAAAUAAAGCCCUCCCUGAACAGUCCCAUGCCCAGCUCCAACAGUUCCUAUUCAGCGCGCCCAUGGAAAGAGUCAGGGUGGACAUAGUCGGCCCACUCCCUGUCACCGACAGCGGAAACAGCUGCAAAGCGCAGGGGCGGGACAACAUAGAAACUAUGACCUACAUCACCUGGCCUGGAAACGGGAGAACUGGUUUGGGUCUACAGCCCACAAAAAAUCCUAGAACCGCCACUGGUCAUGCAGCAUUUGGUAUUAGUUUUGUACUCUGUGUCUCUAGCAUUCUGGUCAAGACAAUGGUUGUGAUUGCAGUUUUUAAGGCCUCAAGACCUGAAGGAAAAGGGGCCAUGAAGUGGUUUGGGGCAGCCCAGCAAAGAGGCACUGUCAUUAUCCUAACUUCUCUCCAAGUGGCCAUCUGUGUGAUCUGGCUCUCCACUGCUUCUCCUACACCUCACAAAAACACUCACUACCAGAGCUCCAAGAUUGUGUUUGAAUGUACAGUGGGCUCAGUAGCUUUCUUAGCAAGAAACCUCCCAGAUAAUUUCAAUGAGGCCAAGUUCAUUAUCUUCAGCAUGCUCAUCUUCUGUGCUGUGUGGAUUGCUUUUGUUCCUGCCUAUAUAAGUUCCCCUGGUAAAUAUGCAGAUGUAGUUGAAAUUUUUGCUAUCCUGGCUUCAAGCUUUGGUCUACUCAUAGCCAUAUUUGCUCCAAAAUGCUACAUAAUUCUUCUAGGGAGCCAUACCAGGUAG